GAGGGAUUUUAAGGAUAGAGGAAGGAACGGGGGUAAUAUGUAGAGAAGAGGGAGGAAGUCGAAAGAAUGAGGGAGAGGAGAGAGAGGGAGGUGAAAUAGAGCGAGAGGAGGGGGAGGGAAACCUCCUCCUGAGAGUCUGACGACUUCCUGUCGGGGGGGAGGAGGGAGAGAUCCUCCCUCAGUUUCCACGGAAACGGCCUCCCUCUCUGUCGGCUCGUCAGGAUGGGAGAUAAAGGAACGAGAAACCUGGAGGAGGAUCAGAUGUUUCUAGUGUUUAAGAAGGCCAGUCCCAAUGGAAAGCUCACAGUCUAUCUGGGGAAGAGAGACUUUGUGGACCAGGUGGAUCUGGUGGAGCCUGUCGACGGCGUCAUCCUGAUCGACCCGGAGUACCUGAAGGAGAGGAAAGUGUUCGUGACUCUGACCUGUGCAUUCCGGUACGGUCGGGAGGACCUGGACGUCCUUGGGUUGACGUUUCGGAAAGACCUGUUCGUGGCAAACAUCCAGGCGUUUCCUCCCGUGCCCGAAGAGAAGAAGAGUCUGACUCGUCUUCAAGAACGCCUGAUCAAAAAACUGGGAGAACACGCACACCCGUUCACCUUCGAGAUCCCUCUGAACCUGCCGUGCUCCGUCACCCUGCAGCCGGGCCCCGAGGACACGGGGAAGGCCUGCGGCGUGGACUUCGAGGUGAAGUCUUUCUGUGCAGAGAACGUUGAGGAGAAGAUCCACAAGAGGAACUCUGUGCGUCUGGUGAUCAGGAAGGUUCAGUUUGCUCCGGAGAAGCCGGGCCCUCAGCCGACCGCAGAGACGACCCGACAGUUCCUGAUGUCGGACAAACCGCUGCACCUGGAGGCGUCCCUGGACAAAGAGAUUUAUUACCACGGAGAGCCGAUCAGCGUCAACGUCCACGUCACCAACAACACCAACAAGACGGUGAAGAAGAUGAAGAUCUCAGUGCGCCAGUACGCAGAUAUCUGCCUCUUCAACACGGCGCAGUACAAAUGUCCGGUGGCCACCGAGGAGUCAGACAAUCUCGUUGCUCCCAGUUCGACGUUCUGCAAAGUUUUCACCCUCACUCCGUUUCUGGCCAGCAACCGGGAGAAGCGAGGCCUGGCUCUGGACGGGAAGCUGAAGCACGAGGACACCAACCUGGCCUCCAGCACACUGUUGAGAGAAGGAGCAAAUAAGGAGAUCCUCGGCAUCAUCGUGUCGUACAAAGUCAAAGUGAAGCUGGUCGUGUCUCGAGGCGGGCUCCUGGGAGAUCUGGCGGCGAGUGACGUCUCUGUGGAGCUGCCGUUUACGUUAAUGCACCCGAAGCCGCUAGAGGAGUCGUUCUACAGAGACGCUCCAGAUGAAGCUCCGAUCGACACAAACCUGAUCCAGUUCGACACAAACGACGAUGACAUCAUCUUCGAAGACUUCGCCCGCCAGCGACUGACCGCCGAAGCGAAUGACGACGAAGACGAGGAGCCUGUGGAUUCGCCAAAACUGGACGACAGAUAGAGCCGCUGUUGUUGUUGUUUGGCUGCUGUUUGUAGAGUCCAGAAAACCGUC